AUGGUAGUACAAUUAUUGACACUUCCUAGUUGGGUCACAUUGUUCACCACGUUUGCCAUCCUCCUCCUCUUAAGCCGCCGUCUCCGCCGCCGCAAAUAUAAUCUACCACCAGGCCCAAAACCAUGGCCCAUUAUAGGAAACUUCAACCUUAUUGGAUCCCUCCCACACCAAUCCCUCCAUGGGCUCACUCAGAAAUAUGGGCCCAUCAUGCAUCUAUGGUUCGGCUCCAAACGCGUUGUCGUGGGUUCAAAUGUAGAAAUAGCAAAAGCCUUUCUCAAAACUCACGACGCUGCGUUAGCUGGCCGACCCAAAUUUUCGGCCGGCAAAUACACAACUUAUAACUACUCCGACAUAACUUGGUCUCAAUAUGGUCCGUAUUGGCGCCAAGCUCGGAGAAUGUGUUUAUUAGAAUUGUUUAGUGCAAAACGUCUUGAGUCUUAUGAGUACAUAAGAAAACAAGAGUUACAUGUUUUUUUGCAUGAACUUUUCAAUUCUAGAAACAAAACAAUUUUGUUGAAAGACCAUCUUUCAACUUUGAGUUUAAAUGUUAUAAGUAGAAUGGUUUUAGGAAAGAAAUAUCUAGAGAAAGUUGAAAAUUCUAUUAUUUCUCCGGAUGAGUUUAAGAAGAUGUUGGAUGAGUUGUUUUUGCUUAAUGGGAUUCUUAAUAUUGGAGAUUUUAUUCCUUGGAUUCAUUUCUUGGAUUUUCAAGGGUAUGUGAAGAGGAUGAAGGUUUUGAGUAAAAAGUUUGAUGGGUUUAUGGAACAUGUUUUGGAGGAACAUAUUGAAAGAAGGAAAGGUGUUAAGGAUUAUGUUGCUAAGGAUAUGGUGGAUGUUCUUUUGCAACUUGCUGAGGAUCCUGAUCUUGAAGUAAAACUUGAGAGACAUGGAGUUAAAGCUUUUACUCAGGACUUGAUAGCGGGAGGGACAGAGAGCUCAGCAGUGACAGUAGAAUGGGCAAUCUCAGAGCUAAUAAGAAAACCAGAAAUCUUCAAGAAAGCAACAGAGGAGCUAGAUCGAGUAAUAGGAAGAGAAAGAUGGGUUGAAGAGAAAGACAUUGUCAAUCUACCUUAUGUUUACGCAAUUGCUAAAGAAACAAUGAGACUACAUCCAGUGGCACCAAUGUUAGUACCAAGAGAAGCUAGAGAAGAUUGCAAUGUUGAUGGAUAUGAUAUUCCAAAAGGGUCUUUGAUUCUUGUUAAUACUUGGACAAUUGCAAGAGAUUCUAAUGUUUGGGAUAAUCCAAAUGAGUUUAUGCCAGAGAGGUUUCUUGGUAACGAUAUAGAUGUGAAAGGACAUGAUUAUGAGUUGUUGCCAUUUGGUGCUGGUAGAAGAAUGUGUCCUGGCUACCCUCUUGGUAUUAAGGUUAUUCAAUCAAGUUUGGCUAAUUUGUUGCAUGGAUUUAAUUGGAGAUUGAGUGAUAAUGUGAGAAAAGAGGAUUUGAAUAUGGAUGAGAUUUUUGGGCUUUCUACACCUAAGAAGAUACCAUUAGAAGUUGUUUUGGAGCCUAGACUUGAUGAUCAUCUUUACUCACUUUGA